AUGUCUGCCAAUGAGGAGAUUGGGGAGAGUCAUGCACGUAUUGUAUGCAAUGGGAGUUCUACUAGAAUCAACGAUAUUGGGCUUCAACUUUAUCCAGUUUCAAACUAUGACUCUAGCGAAGGCUUACCAUAUGCUCCUGUAGAUUGGCCAAAUGUUGGUGAUAAGUGGGGCUGGCGAGUAGGGAACAGAGUUACAAGUUCAGGCACCUUUAUAGAUAGAUAUUUGUAUCUUCCGAAGAAUUCCAAGGCUCCAAACGGUGGAAAUGAAAGUACUUUUCAAAGUAAAAUUUCAGUUAAGAAGUAUCCCGAGUUUCAGUAUCCUGACAUGGAUACAAACCAAUUUUUUGCAUCAUUUAGUUGGAUGAUUCGUUCGAAGCAGUCGCCAAGCUCAAAAGAUAUGAAAGAGAGGAGGACUACAUCUUCAGGAACAAAAUUGCAGCCUUUACUGUCUGAUUCUCCUAUAAGAGUCAUUACUUGUAAGGCUGGCAACAGAAUCUGUAGCAGUUUAACAACAGCAAAUUCUUUUCUGUCCAGAAGUUGUGACAUCUAUUGCAGUGAUCCUAGUUUUUGCCGAGACUGUUGUUGCAUCCUAUGUUGUAAAACUAUUAGCUCAGACUAUGAUGUAAACAACUACAUUCGAUGUGAAUCAAUUGUAGAUGGCUACAUAUGUGGACAUGUUUCCCAUCUAGAUUGUGUUCUACGAGCUUACAUGGCUGGGACAGUUGGAGGAAGCAUCAAUUUGGAUGCACAAUAUUUAUGUCGAUAUUGCUAUUCAAGGAUGGAUUUGGUUCCACAUGUUCUGAAGCUUUUAAACAUCUGA